UUCGAGGGCGGAGCCACCAGCGUAAGCCCUUGAAGAGGGAGCGCCGCACGCUAAUCUGUCGUCCCGUGACAUACUCUCCAGAGCUCUCCUGCGAGAUUAGUCGCCACUGUCGUUUUUUCCUACGCUGCUCGGAACCUCUGCCUCGUUUUCCAGAUAAUCGAAGAUGGGUAAGGAGAAAGUUCACAUCAACAUUGUGGUCAUCGGCCAUGUCGACUCCGGCAAGUCUACGACCACAGGCCACCUGAUCUACAAGCUAGGAGGGAUCGACAAGCGUGUGAUCGAGCGCUUUGAGAAGGAAGCGGCUGAGAUGAACAAGCGUUCGUUCAAGUACGCGUGGGUGCUGGACAAGCUGAAGGCUGAGCGCGAGCGUGGUAUCACGAUCGAUAUUGCGCUGUGGAAGUUCGAGACCGUGAAGUACUACUGCACUGUGAUCGACGCUCCCGGACAUCGCGAUUUCAUCAAGAACAUGAUUACGGGAACGUCGCAGGCGGACUGCGCAGUGCUGAUCAUUGACUCCACCACCGGAGGAUUCGAGGCUGGUAUCUCCAAGGAUGGGCAGACCCGUGAGCAUGCACUGUUGGCUUUCACCUUGGGAGUGAAGCAGAUGAUCUGCUGCUGCAACAAGAUGGACGCUACCACGCCGAAGUACAGCAAGGCUCGAUUCGAUGAGAUCAGCAAGGAGGUGUCGACGUACCUCAAGAAGGUCGGUUACAACCCGGACAAGAUUCCGUUCGUGCCCAUUUCAGGGUUUGAGGGUGAUAACAUGAUCGAGCGAUCGACGAACUUGGACUGGUACAAGGGCCCAACCCUUCUCGAGGCCCUGGACAACGUGUCAGAGCCCAAGAGGCCAUCCGACAAACCCCUGCGGUUGCCCCUUCAGGAUGUCUACAAGAUUGGAGGUAUUGGAACUGUGCCAGUGGGACGUGUGGAGACUGGAAUCAUCAGGCCGGGUAUGUUGGUGUGCUUUGCACCCACUGGACUGACGACUGAGGUGAAGUCGGUGGAGAUGCACCACGAGUCGAUGCCUGAGGCUCACCCCGGAGACAACGUCGGGUUCAAUGUGAAGAACGUGGCGGUGAAGGACCUGAAGAGAGGAUACGUGGCUUCGGACUCGAAGAACGACCCUGCGAAGGAAGCAGCCAACUUCACUGCCCAGGUUAUCAUCAUGAACCACCCGGGACAGAUCGGAAACGGUUACGCGCCGGUGCUGGACUGUCACACCUCUCACAUUGCCGUGAAGUUUGCCGAGAUCUUGACGAAGGUGGACAGGCGAUCGGGUAAGGAGCUGGAGAAGGAGCCCAAGUUUUUGAAGAACGGAGACGCAGGGUUCGUGAAGAUGAUUCCGACCAAGCCCAUGACUGUGGAGACUUUCGCGGAAUACCCGCCAUUGGGACGUUUCGCCGUGCGUGACAUGAGACAGACGGUGGCCGUAGGUGUUAUCAAGGCCGUGGAGAAGAAGGAACCAACUGGUGCGAAGGUUACUAAGGCCGCUGCCAAGAAGAAGUGAAUAGUGCGGGAUUUGGUUUUGGCGGAGCAGUCACCGGGUGUCCAGAGCGGGGUUGAUAUUGGGGUAGGUAUCUUAUGUUGGAGCGUGCACUUGUUGAGUUGCUUGUGUGCUUGUUCGAUAUACUUGCUGCAGGCGAGUGAGAGGCAAAGGCAGACUUGGGUACUGGACCGAAGAUGGCAGGGCUCUUGGAGUCCGGAACAUUGAAUGUCAUAUUGAUACGUAAUUGAAUUGCGCAUGAGCUAAA